UUGCGUCGAAAGGGAGAGAGAGGAGAGGAAGUACCCUUACCGCUACAGUGCGCUAAAGCUAUUCAUUCUCGACUGUGCAAGUUGUAAAAUACAUCGCCCGCACUAGAGCAAGCCCAGCACCAUGAGUGACGAGAAUCGACCCGAAGUUGAACUCUUUGUAAAGGCUGGUAGCGAUGGCCAAAGCAUUGGGAACUGCCCGUUCUCACAGAGGCUCUUCAUGGUUCUGUGGCUCAAAGGCGUGACCUUCAACGUCACCACCGUGGAUAUGAAGAGAAAGCCAGACAUUCUUAAAGACCUGGCCCCAGGUGCCCAGCCCCCGUUCCUGCUGUACGGGACAGAGGUGAAGACCGAUACCAAUAAGAUUGAGGAGUUUAUUGAGGAACACCUCUGUCCCCCCAAGUACCCCCGUCUGGCGGCCCGUAACCCAGAGUCCAACACUGCCGGGCUGGAUGUGUUCUCCAAGUUCUCAGCCUACAUCAAGAAUUCCAACCCUCAGAUGAAUGACAAUCUGGAGAAAGGCCUGUUGAAAGCCCUGAAGAAGCUGGACGAUUACCUGAGCACUCCUCUGCCAGAUGAGAUUGACGAGAACAGCGCUGAGGAUGUCACCACCUCGUCCCGCCCCUUCCUGGACGGCCAGGACCUCACGUUGGCUGACUGCAACCUGCUGCCUAAACUCCACAUUGUCAAGGUGGUUUGUCUUAAGUAUCGUGGUUUCUCUAUCCCUCGCACUCUGACCUCCCUGUGGAGGUAUUUAGAUGCUGCAUAUGCCCGUGAGGAGUUCUCCUCCACCUGUCCAAGCGACGAGGAGAUUCAUAUCGCCUACGCCUCCGUCGCUAAAGCACUCAAGUAGGAGGAGCUGGGAGCAAACAGACACUCACACACACACACACACACACACACACACACACACAUUCACAUAUAGUCCAUGUGCUCUUUCAUACGCACAUAAUUCACCUGCACUCUUUUUCAUGUGUUGUCAGUGCACUCACACACACACACACAUACACACACACACACUCAUGUACAUAUGCACUCAAACCUUUGCUUCAAUGCACACUGUUGGUUUUGCGUUACUAAUGUAUCCAAGUAUUUCAAGAGCUGUAAAAAUACAAGACAUUUCCCUGUGCUAACUUCGCACACAAUCGCCUCUGUUAAUAUUUUGCACUCGAUUCACCUAAUGCCUAAUUUUUUUAGCACACUUCAGACUUUUCAGAUGAUGUGUAGUUUCAAUCACACGUAUCUAAAUGUGGACCAGGAGUCCUGUAAAACACACAACACAGACUGACUUGAUUUGGAAUCAUGCCGUCUAGAUGUAGACUAGAAUAGUAUUGUAAAGAAGUUUUAAAGGUGGUCCAUUUUCAAAAAAAAAAAAUUGUUUGUACAUUUCUUUUUAAUACUUUGCUGUUCUUGUUCGAGCCCAACAUGAGCCACUGCUAGAAAAAAAAUGAAAACACCAUGUGAGAUUUGAAUCUCUGGACUACAGAUAGGGAAAGUACAAGUACACGCGUCUGUUUGAUGGCUGUAAGUGUCUCCUGUGGUUGUUUCGUUUUCUGCCUUGUUCCUGUUACUGCUUUGGCCUCUCGUGGUCUCGUUUUGUUCAAGGUCAUCAAGUCGCAACAUACAGCAAAAUGUGUUUUCAGUCAUAUCAGCUUGCACACACACACACACACACGCAGG